AUGGCUUUCAGGGGGUCCAAACCCUGGGUCCCUGCAUCCAUGCCCAGCCUGGGGCCAAAGGCCGAGGAUAAGACGCUGGACCUGGCAUUUGAGGUCUUGAGUGUUGGGUUUAACAAUGAGGAUAGAUAUGCCCUGUAGCUGUCAGCUCGUAACCCUCAGCAGGCCAGCUCUAGGGCUGGGGUGCAAUUGCAGAGAGCCCCCGCUUGCUCUGCUGUCUCUGAAGUCAUUGAGCAGCAGCAUCCUGGCUAGAGCCUCACCCACACGAGGAACAAGUUUGUCUUUACUUUGCCCAAAGGUUUCUGCAAGAACGAUGGGCAACACAACACACAACUGCAGGUGGAGGCACUGAGGUUGGAGGGGCUAGGCCAGGAGGCCCUGUAGGUGGGCAAGGCCAUCUUUUCCAGCUGCCCGCACCCAGACCAGCCCCUCGUGAACCUCUCAGUGCGGGAGCAUGAGGACCUGUACUGCUACUGCAGCCUGGCUCUGCUCCAGGCCAGAGUGAACCCCACGGACCACUGUGGGGGCUUGGCUUAUAGUGUGGCUUUCCAUGUAUACUGGGCCUAUCAGCCUCCGUAGUCAAACUGCCCUCUAGGGGCCAGCCAGCCAGAACCUAUGUCACCAAAGGACCCCUUGAACAUUUCCCAGAGUGUAGAAUCUGUCUUCAGCCACCUGUCUCCCUCUAAUAAGGAGACCAUCAUGGUCACUCUCCAUGGAGCCACCAACCUUCCAGCCUGCAAAGAUGGCUCUGAGCCAUGGCCCUACGUGGUAGUGAAAACCACAUCUGAGGAAAUGAAGAACCAGAACUCCAAGGCAGUCACAUCUGUGCCUGCAGAGCCCACCAAAGCCCCCAUCUGGGGAGACACAGUCAAAGUGGAGAUCCAAGCUGAGGAUGCAGGGCGAGAAGAUGUGGUCCUCAAGGUGGUGGACAACAAAAAGAAAGAGGAGCUGUUGUCCUACCAAAUUCCCAUCAAGUACCUGCGUGUCUUCCACCCCUACCACUUGGAGCUGGUGAAGCCCAACCAGUCUGAGAAAGCUAAUGAAGCCACAGCCAAGACCAAAUUGUAUGCGACAGUUGUCCGGAAGGGCAGCUUCAUCCCUUGCUACAAUGGCUGCAACUACACAGCUCUAGAGGUCUUUCUCCAGGGAGUCAAUGAGCCCCUAGUCAACAACCCCAGCCCCUUGGUGGUCAUUGCCCGUGUGGUUCCCAACUACAAGGAGUUUAAGUAAAGUGAGACGAACCAGGACCCAGACUCCUUGGGGUUACCCAUCACCCCACUCUCCUUCCCUAUCCCAUCCAUGAUGAACUUUGAUGUUCCUCGAGUCAGCCAGAAUGGGUGCCCUCAGCUGUCCAAGCCUGGGGGACCCCCAGAGCUGCCCCUAUGGAACCAGUCCUUCCUCUUCCAAGGCCGAGAUGGAGCUACCAACUUCUCAGAAGACACCGCCCUGGUGCUGGAGUACUACCCCUCAACUUCAAUGAAAGGUGGUGAGCCGUGGACCCUCAGCAAGCCUCUGGGCAUCUCUGUGUUGCCGCUAAAGAGCCGUUUGUACCGCAAGAUGCUAACAGGAAAAGGCCUGAAUGGGUUGCGUGUGGAGAGGCUCCCUAUCACUGACACCAAGCUGAAAACCAUAAAUGGUGACGCCCCCACAGUGAAUCUCUCCUUUCAGCUGCUUUCCUCUGAGAGGCCAGAAAACUUCUUAACACCUAACAGCAGCAAGGUUCUGCCCAUCUUGGACCCCAAGAUCUUAGAUGAGAAGCUGGGUUCCAUCCGUGAGUCCUGGUCUAAGACUACAGUGAGCUCCACAAUGAACUCCAGCACAUCCACCUAUCAGGAAGCAGAGGAAGAGCCUCAGAUGCCCCAGACGUACCAUGAAAUGGAGAUAAACAAUUACCGCCGGGCCAUGCAGAAGAUGGCAGAGGAUAUCCUGUUGCUGCGGAAACAGGCCAGUGUCCUGGAAGCGGAGAACCGCAUGCUGAGGAGCUACCUGACCCAGGAGGAAAUGGGAGAGGAGCAGGACAAUGCGGACAAAACCCAGAAGCUGGUGUUCAUGAAGCAGAAACUGCUGUUGAGUGAACUGGACAUGAAGAAACUGAGGGACAAGGUGCAGCAUCUGCAGAAUGAGCUGAUUCGAAAGAAUGAUCGAGAGAAGGAGCUGCUUCUCCUGUACCAGGCUCAGCAACCACAAGCUGCACUGCUGAAGCGGUACCAGGACAAGCUGCAGAAGAUGAAGGCACUGGAGGAGACUGUGAGGCACCAGGAGAAGGUGAUCGAGAAGAUGGAGCGGGUGCUAGAGGACAAGCUUCGGGAGAGGAACGAGCCCCUGCUAAACAGGCUGCAGGGAAAGCCCAGUGUGGCCUUCCCCAUGCUCUCAGCUUCUGGCCUUCCCCAGGGUCCUACAGGAGAGAACCAGCCUAUUGACCUUUACUCAGCGCUGCUGUCAGAAAACUCGAGGCUGCGCGCGGAGCUGGAAAAGAGCCGCCAACAGUCGGCCCCCAUCAUUCUGCAGCAGCAGGCCCUGCCGGAUCUCCUUGCCACUACUUCAGACAAGUUUAACCUCCUGACCAAGCUGGAACGAGCUCAGAGCCGGAUCCUGUCCCUGGAAAGCCAGUUAGAAGACUCAGCUCGACGCUGGGGACGAGAGAAGCAGGACUUGGCCACAAGGCUGCAGGAGCAAGAAUACGGCUUGGGGCACCCCUCAAACGCCAUCAUCACAGACCUGCCGAACUCCUCAACCCACUCCAAGGACCACAGGAGACCCUCGAAGCUGGACCCCUUGAUGCCCAGUUCGGAGACUAAGCUCAACAAGUCCUCAAACUCGCAGCAGACCUAAGUCCCAGUGGACCUGGAUACUGAAGCAGCCUCCCUCUCUGUGUGCUAGGGUGUCUCAUCCCCAUCCCCUAGAAAUGACUUCAUUAAAUGCUGUGAAUCACUGAGCAUUUGCAUCUUUUCUGGAGCAGGGCAGCCUAGGGGCCCCAGCUUCCUCCUCCCUGACCCCAUUCUGGGCCUGGGCCCUCUGCUACAGCACUAUAACGUUCUGUUUGUUCUAGAAGCAACCAUUGUUGGAGAACCAAAGGCCAUAGUGGACCCAGGAGGGUGGGGAGAAAAGUCCUUCCAAAGCAGGAGCCAGGGAGACAAACUCCUUCCAGACCUCUGGAAGAAGUGAGACCACCAGAGGCCAACUCUAUUGUGAGAUGUAAGAGAGGCUGAAACUUUCCACCUGCCCCCAAACAUCUAUUGUACUUGAAAUGUCUUCUUUCAAGUUUGUUUUUCUGUUUCUAGGGAAGAAAAAGACUUGAAGCCUGCCUGUGGGGAUCAGUUACAUGUUAGUGUGACAUACCCUUAUCAACCAGAGCUAGGCUUGUUAAGGGUGUGGUUUUGGGCAAAGAUAUGCUAACAGCCAACUUCAGCUUCUGUAAUCUGCUUGCUCGUUUGAUGUUAACUAGGGUGUGGUUAAUCUGUUUGUUUGAUGUUAAACCAGGGUGUGGUUCUAGGCUUUAUGAGCUGCCUCUUUUGGGAGCUCAGGACUGAUCUCUAACCCUGUAUGGUAGAGAGUUAGUCGGGGGGCCAGCUAAUAAAGGCUCAUCAUUAAUCUCAAUUGGCUCCGUGGGUCUUAGAAUCGUUCGCGCCAUAACAGGCUGAGCCUGCCAUGUUGUAUUCAAUGUAGCCGGGGACAGGAAAGCCGAUGGGACUAGGGGAAGGAGUCUUUCACAGAGAGUCAGAAGCCCUGGGUCCUAGCUACAAGCAUUCUGUAUGACCUUGGAUGACUCGAGCAACCUCUCUAAGCUUCAGUUUCCUCAUAUAUUCCAUGUAGAGCUUGACCUCUUUGAUGCUAAGUCCCUUUUCAGUUCUAACAUGUCUGAGUCAAAUAUGACUCAGGCCAGGAGAUGAGAAAGGAGAGAGAAAGCAGGAAAGAGAGAGAAAGACAGCAAGGAAGAAGACUGUGAUGGGGAAGAGCAGAAAGUCUCCAAGAGUGGACUCAGGACCUGCAGAUCCUGAUAGAAGACUUCAAGCUAUCUGGACUGCUGUCCGGAACAGGACUAGCUCCCCUGUAUGCCUGCAGGACUCAGACUUAGGUAGUCGAGGGCCAGGAAGGAUCAGGUACCUGGUCAGUUCAGAAGUUAUAGAACUCAUAGGGAGUGAAGGGGACCAAAAUUGGGACCAGACUCAGACAGUUCAAAUAAUGGACCAAAGAAUCUUCUGCAGUCUCCUUGCCUACUGCCCAGAGCUUAGACAAAUGAGCAUGUCCCCCUCGAGCAGGAAGCCGAGGCCUGGGGAAACCCAGAGAAGGUUCAGGUGGGGUAGAGGAAGCAUAUUGGCCUUUUUCCCCAGGGUUGGCCACCUCACACCAGCCCCUCACACACAAACCUCAGCUCUGGCUGUGCCCGAGACUCUAGCUGGACCUUGGCAUUCCCACUCAGGGUUCAGCCAAGCAGAGCCCCGCACAAGCCUCACCCUUGAUAGGUGGGCCUGCUCCAGAAGCCAUGAUUGGCCCACACCUCUCAGAUCUCCCUGUUCUCUCAGCAGAGCUCCACCAGGUCCUCUGUCCCAACCCUGCUGGCUCCAGCACAGUAGCAAUAGCCUUCCAUCCCCUCUGCCUUGCCCGCAGCCCCAGGAAGCAUGGGGCUUGAUCCCGCUGGCUCCUGAGCUGCCAUUGGUGGG